AUGGUGAGGAAGAAUGACAAGUUGGUUAGAGUUGCACAUGAUCAUGAUGAUGGAAAUCUCCCUGUUAUUGUGGCUGCUUUGUAUGGCCGGAGGCGAAUGGUCCGGUAUCUCUAUUCCAAGACACCCAAGGAUGAGCUAAGUCCCGAAAGAGGCGAACAUGGUGCCACACUGCUCAAUUGUCUCAUCACUGCUGAUAUCUAUGAUGUUGCUUCAAUGCUGCUGAAACGGUAUCCACAUCUGGGCGUGGUCCGAGAUCAUUAUGGGAACUACACACUCAGAAUGUUGGCUCACAAGCCUUCUGCUUUCCCAAGUGGAAGUAAAUAUAGAAUGGGCUCUAGGGCAAUAAUAAGAUUAUCCCACUACAGCGUGAGCACUACGAUUCGAGUUAUAGAUAUGAUCUAUACUCUUAUGGGGGUAACCGUGCAUUCACCAUGGGAUGGUCAAAGGUGGCACCACCAUGGAUCGGUUGAUGUAGAGAGCAAUAAAAUUCAAGGACUGAGCAGUGAUGAAAGGAGCAUCGAAAUUCACGAUUCUAGUGAUGAAGAGCUCGACGGAAUGCCGCACAAAAGUCCCACUGUCGGAGGAACUAUAGUCAACGAAGGCAAUACUGUGGCUAUUGCAUGGUUUGGGUUGGAGAAUUUUAAGAUGCUCCCAGACAUCAAGCAUAUACAUGACAGAAAACUGGUACAUGUUGAAGCUGUUAAACUCCUGAGUGUCAUUUUUAAGGAGUUACCAAAACUAAAAAAGUCACAACUUGAAAGCAUGGAAAUAGAUAAAGCAAUAUAUGAUGCCAUCAAGCAUGGGAUCAUUGAAUUUGUUGAUGAAAUACUCAAGUACAAUCCCGAAAUCAUAUGGCGAAAAGAUAAUAAAGGAAGAACAAUUUUUUCCAAUGCUAUUGUUCUUCGCCAAGAGAAGAUUUUCAGCCUGAUUUACAGACUGGGAACAAAGAAGAGUAUAAUGGCCCGUCGGCAUGAUGUGUUUGGUAACAACUUCUUGCAUCUGGCUGCAAAAUUAUCUCCUCCUACUCAACUCGAGCGCGUUUCUGGGGCAGCUAUGCAGAUGCAAAGAGAACUACAAUGGUUUAAGGAGGUGGAAAGCAUGGUACAACCCAAAUUGAAAGAGGAAGUGAAUGAAAAUAACAAAACACCGGGCACUUUGUUCACUGAUGAACACCAGGAGUUGGCAAAAGAAGGGGAAAGAUGGAUGAAGAACACUGCAGGAUCAAGCAUGAUUGUAGGCACUCUCAUUGCCGCGGUGAUGUUCACAACAGCCUUUACAGUUCCGGGUGGUAACAACAACAAAAAUGGCCUGCCUAUCAUGGCGGAAACCCAGCCUCGGGCAUUCUUGGUUUUCAUGGUUUCAAAUGCCUUAUCAAUGUUCACUUCUUCAACCUCAGUGCUUAUGUUUUAG